AUGUCAUCUACUCGAUCUCAUAAGAGAAAGAACAGCCAUCUUUUCUUGCAACGCAAGAACUCCAGCUCCGCUGAUAUGUCUAUUGAGUUGAACAAUUUUACGGUCCCCGAUAACCAAGACGUGGAACGUCAGCCUCUUUCGGAUAUUUCAAAUUCACUACCAAGAUUGGAUUUGCGAGAUCGUAAGGUUUCCAGAUUUACUCUCCUGGUGAUUGCAGUAUCAGUAGUGAUAUCAUGCCUUUUGGUUAUACCGAUAUACACGGCCAGUUCAAGCCCUGCAAAGCCGAGUUCGGACAAGAGUGGUCAAUCGACGUUGAAAAGUCGUUUCACGAUUGACGACGUUUUGAAUGGCGACUUUUUGACUGAGGAGAAGAUGUUCAGGUUCGUAAGGCCUCCAGGACUAAUACGAUAUCAUGAUUCAGACCCCGGCUUGUAUCUGACAACCGAGGUUGAUUCGGAAGGUAAGACGGGGUUCGUUGCAAGACAGCUAUACCAUGCUGAGUUCAGCGAAGAUCUUGGGUUGAACGAAUUUUCAUACGAAGGGACCCAUUACACAGUGCAAAGUGUGAAAGUCAGUCAUAGACUCGAUAAGAUGAUUUUAGGUACUGAUUUAGAACCGGAGUUCAGAUAUUCUUCAAGAGGCCACUACUUCCUGAGAGAUACAGAAAUGGGGACUGUGAAACCAAUAACACCUCUGCAAUCGGGCGAGCUGGUGAAAAUCUCGUAUGCACACUUUUCGCCGAACUACAACUACAUCUAUUUUGUUUUUGGAAAUGACCUCUAUAUUCAGAACGUUUACACAAACGGUGCUGCAAAGCGAAUCACAACGGAUGGAUCAGCGGAUGUUUCCAACGGUAAACCGGACUGGGUUUACGAGGAAGAAAUUUUGGCGUCUGAACAGGCGGUAUGGUGGUCUCCGGAUGAUGCGAAGCUGGUUUUCGCCAAGUUCAACGAUAGCAGCGUCGAAUCUUAUCAUCUGCCAAAGUUUACAACCGAUGCAAUGUACCCACCUAUCACAAGCAUCAAGUAUCCUAAACCCGGCACAGAAAAUCCCGAAGUCGAACUGUACUUGUUUGAUAUGAGACAAGGCGUUCUUUAUCUGUUGAGUAAACUGAGCUUCAGCGAUGACGAACCAGUCAAAUUGGACUCUAUACUUUACGAUGCUGAUUGGCUGGAUUCUGACUCAUUCAUGUUCAAGGUAACGGAUCGAUCAUCAAAAAAGAUGUCUGUCAAGAUUUAUAAUGCGAGAAUGAAUACUUUGAUGACUACUAGGACAAUAGAUUCGAGUUCAUACAACGGCUGGAUCGAAAAGACCAAAAAGAUAUUGCCAAUUCCACCCAACGAAGCCAAAGAUCGGAAAGGCACCGGGUAUGUGGAUAUUCAGACAGACGCAAACGGAUAUAAUCACCUCUUUUAUUUCAGCUCUGUCGCAAGCAGCGAGGGAACUCAAAUCACGAGCGGAAACUGGGAAAUAACGGGCAGUGGUAUAGUUGGUUAUGAGUAUGAAACUGAUACUAUUUUCUUCACCGCAAAUGAGAUUGAUCCGAUGUCACAACAUCUUUAUGCCGCAUCGCUGGAUUUCAAAGGAGAGAGAGAGACCCAUCUAACGAUUCUGCAAGAGACUACAAGCUAUGACUUUUAUGAAUUCCAGCUCAGCUCAAGUGGUAGAUAUGCGCUGAUGAAAAUGAAGGGACCUGAUUUGCCUUAUACCGCAGCUGGACUUCUAUCGGACGUUCUGGACUAUAAGAAGAUUAAUCAGGACGAGGUUCUCAUCUUAACAAAAAACGAAAUCUUGCAGAAGUCCUUAGAGAAGCAUGCAAUUCCCUCAACAAGUUACAAGACCAUGGUGACGGAAGACGGAGCGACACUUGAUUACGUUGAGAUCAAGCCUGCUCACAUGGAUGCCAAGAAGAAGUAUCCACUACUGGUGAGUGUCUACGGGGGCCCAGGAUCUAGAACCUACACUAAUAAGUUUAACAUAUUUUUUGAGCAGGCUGUAGCAUCGGGUCUAGACGCUAUUGUGCUGCAAAUAGAACCAAGAAGUGUUGGUGGCAAAGGUUGGAAGUACAAAUCAAUGGCUAAGGAAAAAUUGGGUUAUUGGGAGCCACGCGAUGUAGCGCAUGUUACUAGAACAUUCAUGCAACAUAACCAAGCUAAUAUUGACGAGAAGCGGGUGGCCAUCUGGGGCUGGUCGUACGGUGGCUAUACUUCUUUGAAAACGAUCGAGUACGAUCAAGGCAACACGUUCAAAUAUAUGAUGGCGGUCGCCCCAGUGACAAAUUGGACCCUUUACAACUCAUUUUACACCGAGAGAUAUAUGAACAAGCCGUCUAAAAAUCCCAGCGGCUACAGUGAUAUUGCUGUGGUGAAAGAUAUAGCAGCAUUUAGGAAGCUGCAACGAUUUGUAGUGAUGCAUGGUACGGCCGAUGACAAUGUGCACAUUCAGAACACAUACCAGUUUGUUGAUAAGCUAAAUCUACAGGGGAUCAAGAACUAUGAUAUGGUUAUAUUUCCAGAUUCUGAUCACUCGAUUCGGUACCAUAACGCUCAAAGAAUCAUAUUCGAGAGGUUAUACGCUUGGCUCAGCGAGGCAUUUUCAGGACAUUUAGAUAUUGACGACUCAUAUACAGUUACACCAACCUAA